UGCGCAGGCGCCCACAGGCCGCGCAGCCGCCAUUGCUCUCCUGUCACCGAAGGGAGUGCUUGUUGGCAGUCCGCGGGUCCGGAAGGAAGGGUGAGGCGACGCCUCGACGACAGCGGACCGGAGCUGCAGGGGCAACACACUCAGGGCGGGGUGCCCAUUUAGGCCUGGCUGACCGGAAUAAGAAACUACAACCCCCGAAGUGCAUUGCGCCUCAGGGUUACGGAGGCAGUGUCGUAAGCUAUCUUGACCGCUACCAUUUCUCUGGUGGAAGAGGGGACGCGGCGGCGCGGAGUGAGGACGCGCUCUUCCUGCGGCUGGAGGGUCGCGGAGCACCCACCCUGGAGCCAUGGUCCACGCCUUCCUCAUUCACACCUUGAGGGCCCCGAAUACUGAGGACACGGGACUUUGCCGAGUGCUCUACUCCUGCGUCUUUGGUGCUGAGAAGUCGCCUGAUGACCCACGGCCGCAUGGUGCAGAAAGGGACAGGCUUCUCCGGAAGGAACAGAUUUUAGCUGUGGCCAGGCAGGUGGAGUCAAUGUGCCGGCUGCAGCAGCAGGCGUCCGGCCGGCCCCCCAUGGACCUGCAGCCGCAGUCCUCAGAUGAGCAAGUGCCGCUGCAUGAGGCCCCACGUGGGGCUUUCCGCCUGGCGGCAGAGAACCCUUUCCAGGAGCCACGGACGGUGGUGUGGCUGGGCGUGCUCUCAUUAGGCUUUGCCCUGGUGCUGGACGCCCACGAGAACCUGCUGCUGGCUGAGGGUACCCUCCGGCUGCUGGCACGCCUCCUCCUUGACCACCUCCGGCUUUUGGCGCCCAGUACCAACCUCCUGCUGCGGGCUGACCGCAUUGAGGGCAUCCUCACCCGCUUUCUGCCCCAUGGUCAGCUGCUUUUCCUCAAUGACCAGUUUGUCCAAGGCCUGGAGAAGGAACUCAGUGCUGCUUGGCCCCGCUGAUUCCUCUUUGGGAUGGUGCUUCUGAGGGCAGGCAGAGGGUGGACACACAGCCAGAUGAAGCUUGGCAUCUACUGCCUGCUCCCAGUUCUGACGUACUGCUAUACCAGGACAAGUGGGCGACACAAGCCUGCAGAAAGGGGGCAGAGGGUGGAGGAGGUCCUGCCUAUCCUCAGGUUAGUGGAACCAGAGAACAUCCUGAGCCUAGAACUGCUGUGUAACUUAGACCAUUGCAGUGCGGCAGCCACGCUUGUCCUUGACCCCACCUUCCUCCAUCCCUGCCAGCCCUAGUGCUAGCUGACUGGAACUCAGCCCACUCUUCUCCUUCCAAACCCACAGUCCAGGCCGGGCGUGGUGGCUCACGCCUGUAAUCCCAGCACUUUGGGAGGCCGAGGUGGGUGGAUCACCUCAGGUCGGGAGUUCGAGACCAGCCUGGCCAACAUAGUGAAACCCUGUCUCCACUAAAAAUACAAAAAUUAGCUGGGUGUAUGGCACCCACCUGUAAUCCCAGCUACUCAGGAGGCUGAGACACGAGAAUCACUUGAACCUGGGAGGCGGAGGUUGCAGUGAGCUGAGAGUGUGCCACUUCACUCCAGCCUGGGCAACAGAGUGAGACUCCGUCUCAAAAAAAAAAAAAAAAAAAACCAACCCACAGUCAUUGAAAGACAAGGGGCCUCAGACUCCCCUGAGAGUGGAGGAGCUGUGCCUGCAUGCUGGCAGGCCCCAGCCCCUGGCUUUGUGCCCACUUAGGCACUAUUAUCAACAAGGUCCUGCUCAGUGUCUGGCCCCCAAAGAGUUCAGAAAUGCGUCUGUCAAUCAGCAGCAGGAUUCUGCAGCUCCUUUUAUGCCAAGCUCAUGCCCACCAGGCAGGCUCUAGAUAAAAUCAUCACAGCCUUCCCUCAUCUGCAGGGAGAGAAGGUGCUGUCAGGUGAAUGUGAACAGUCUAGCCUGGUUGAUGUAUUUCUCAUUUUGAAUUAAAAGCACUGGCUGUGUGAUUUCA